AUGAAAGAAGAUCGCAGAGCAAUGGCUGCUGCGAGAAAUUGUAACAACAGCCAAUUUCGGGCUAUUACAUCUGACGCUGCUUGUCAGGAUCAAGGGGUAGCUGGACCCUUGCCUGAAGGUGUAGCGGUGUUACGGCAGUGGUCGGCGAAUUUGAUUGGAGUGAAGCUGUACAAGAACAGAUUCUUGGAGCCUUUUUCUGGGGUUACUUUUGAAGUCAAGCUCCUCUCUACUUACACUAGCUAG